UAGAGAUAAUGUAGAUAAGUACCCUAGACUGGUAUCAAAGAAACGUCUUCAUAAACUAGUUUUUCCGAAUUCCCUACUCAAAAUAGCAUAAAAAAUAAUCCAAUUUCUAAAAUCAUAAUUUUGCAGUUACGGUAUGGCAUUUCAACUCAGUUUAGCACUUGUACGGCUAAGCAGUAUUAACACUGUAACUUGGGCUACAUUAAUUUCACCAAGGCUUCGAGUAAAUCAAUUCAAACAAUCAAUUUUAUGGAUGCAUAACAACUGUAAUACAUAUAUUUAAAAUGCUCAAUAGAAAUUCAAUGUGGAAUUUAUAAAAUAUAACUGAUUUUUACCUUGUCUUUUAUGCAAGUUUCCAUUAUAUCAAUAGGGCCAUUCAAAUUUUCUGCCGAUUCUUGCCUCUCUCUGUCAUGGCUGCCCAUGUUCAAUUCGUAACAGGAAUAGCGGCCACUCAACCACUCUAUAGUUUACUAUAUUUUAGCUCGUUGGGUUGAGUCCAAUAUAAAUGAGAAACGAAGGCCAUUUUCAAAUCAUAAAGGCAAUGAAUAAACAGAAAUGAAUAUUAUUUUGUGAUUUCUUCAUUUUCAUGUUGAAAUAGCCUAUUUUGUGGUGAAUAUUCCCAUAUCCAACAAAAUAUUUGGGCAUUGCCCAUUACACAGGAAUAAUUUUUCAACUUCACCAUGGAUGUCUUCCUUAUGAUCAGGAGGAAAAAGCUUACAAUAUUCACCGAUGCAAAAGACACUACAUCUGUUCUAGAACUAAAGAAGAAAAUUGAAGGUAUCCUGAAAGUGCCUCCUGCCAAUCAGCAAUUGUAUUAUAAUGAAAAAACGGUCAUGGAGGACGACAAAACACUACAAGAUUAUGGCUUGAAUUCGAAUUUGGCCAGAGCUCAGAGUCCGGCGUCAGUAGGCUUAGCUCUUAGGCAAGACAAUGGAGACUUUGAAAUCUUAGAACUAACGCCUUAUUCUUCCCCUCCUGAUUUGCCGUACGUAAUGAAAGCUCCAGAAAGUAAUGGUCAAGAACAAACUUCUUAAAACAAUUGUCCAUACUACAUCAUACCGAUCUAUUACUUUUAGGUUAAUUUGUUUGUAAUUAUUAUUUUUUUUAAUAUUAUAAAAAUCAAUCUUUGUAGCAUCUAAUCCAUAGAUGAAUUGGCUAAAUAAAAAAUUAUCAGUAUUAUAGAUACUUUACUGAUGAUUAUGUAGAGAAAAACUACAAUAGCCCAUUGCAACUUUCAUCCAAUUAUAAUUUGUGAAUCAGCGAUUUCUCAUCAAUUCUGCCAUUGAUAUUAUUAUUAUGGCGUUCUGUGUGGUUGAUGUGUUUAUUUUAUAAGCCUGAAGGCUCCAUCAUGAAUUGUUUUUAAUUAUUAUACGUUUUGUAUUUUACUAAUUUAUAAUUAUUUAUUUCAAAUAAGCAUUUCCGUAUGACUAUAUUUAUUUUUUCUUCCUUAAAUAUCUAUAAUCUCUCACCCAACCAAUGAUGUAUAAUUUGAAAGCUCAACAAUCAGUUUAUCUAAAUAUUAGAUUGCAAAUUUAUCUUGAAAAAAAUGUCACUGAAUUUUUGUUAUAUUUUGUAUAAUUAUAAUAGAAGAUUUUUAUUAAAUUUUCAAUCAACUUCUA